AGGCAAUUGCAAGUCCAACGUCGCGGCAUUCACAGUCGUCUGGUGGGUCGGACAGAUUAUGCCCAAGGCAGGCAGCAUCUGGGGUCGUUGGCUACAGUCGCUAGGGAAUCGAGCAGGAUGGUAUCCAACGUUGCGAGAGACGCGAGAGACGGCAGAGUAACAGUAACUAAAAAUUGAGUGAGCCAAGAUGAUCGAGGAAAAUGGCCAUCCAUGUCAACUCAGCGUUGGACCUUGCAUCGGUGUAGUGCGCCCCGAAAUCACUUGGGAACUGCUGUUGGUCAAACACGGCACUGAGAAGCCCACCAAAAGCAUUAACAAACGUUGUGCACGCCAACCUUGCUCUCUUUUCGACAAGGGUGCUCGCCUGGCAAAAGGUACAUUCAAGCUUGUCGCUCUCGAUGUACCUUUCUCCCUGACUCUCCAGCCAUCUAAUUUUGGUCGCUCGCGUCGCGAGAGAGCAAACGCGUUAGUGGGGGCUUUGGCGUGUGUUGUGUUGUGCAACCCGGGGACAUUGUCCGGCGCGUUAAGUAGAGUUAAAAACUGGGGCCGGGAGGACGCGUCUCGUGUCUGCGUAUUUGCCUGUCGUGGCUGGCUCAUGUCUGAGCUGGGGCGGCUCAGAACAGGGGACGACAGAGAUGACGCUGGUGGCUGGGAGAAAUUAUGGCUUUAUGCCGAUUCACUGACUUGUGCAGGCUCUGAACUGCCCCUCACUUGUGAAGCUCGGUCGCGAUAUGAGGAACAGGUGCCGCAAUCUAGCACAAUUUUUAUCGUCCGACUCCAAUGGCUGCUCCAGCGGAAUCGUGCCAGGCUUGGUGUCAAGACUCUUUUUUUUAUGACGAUAAAGGUGAAGCGGUCACCAGUAAGCAAAAUACGGUACAUCAACAGUCUGUUAUCACUUCCGCAUGGUCAAAAUUACCUCUUCUUCUUCAUGUCUCCUCGCUUCUCUGAAAGUAUCUUACCGUGCGAAUACACUCUGAAGCUCUAAAUGCGACCCGUCUCUCCACUCAUUCCCAGGCAAGGGCUUUGAAAGACACGUGCACAUCGAUGGUUUCACGGUCAUCUCUCUUCAGUAAUCCCCCACUCACAGGAAAAAGAAGAGAUCCUCAUCCAGCAUCUCCGGACGCAAGCGGGACUGGGGGUUCGGCUGAGACAUGGAGGACGGGAAGAAGUGGGGACAGGCCCCACUGCCAAUUGCUCCGAGCCGUUUGGACUCCACUAUCAACGCCAACAACUCACCUUCAAACGUUUGAUAACUGCUACUACUGCCAAUAACCGCGAUCUAGACUUCAUUUCGCACGAAAAGAAAUGAGUGACUUGCAGGCCGAAAUAUCGGUG